ACUCGGGGGGUAUGCUUACUGUACAUGGCCAUUGAUGCCGCUGGAUAAACUAAAUCAGCUAUGUAAAUAAUAGUGACUGGGGCGGUGGAGCUAACAUGCCGAAUUCUAUCACAGCCUAACAUGAGAAAAUAAUAUAUGUCAUCUGGGUUUACUUUAUCCGGUUGACAAAACCACCGCGGCCGUCCUUUUAUGCACGUCUCGGAAUUUGGCUUUGACAGCUCGCCCGAUGGUUUUCUUCAUUUGACGCACGAAUAAAAAUCAGACGGGCGGUUUUUCCUAAUAACCCAUUUGGGAAAAACGGGUCAUUAUGACCUUAGUAUCCCCCUCUAAAAGAAAACCAUUGGAUUGCCUUUACGCAACAGCGUUCUGCUUGCAUUUCUUGCUGUGGAUUUUAUGCGCCGCGUCCGGAGAAGAGAUUCGUCAAUUCAGCGUUGAGGGAUGGCUACAGAAGUAUGGCUACCUUCCCCACACAGACCCCAGAAUGGCUAUCCUGCGUUCAGCCCAGACCAUGCAACAAGCCAUCGCAGCCAUGCAGCGCAUCUACGGCCUCAAUGUUACAGGGACACUGGAUGAGAGGACCACAGAUGAUAUCACACUAAGUUGGAUGAAAAGGCCGAGGUGUGGGAAUCCAGACAAACUAAAAGGCAACUCGAGGUCGCGGAAGCGGAGGUAUGCACUGACGGGGCAGAAGUGGCAACGAACACAUAUCACUUACAGCAUAAAGAACGUCACUCCCAAAGUGGGCGCCAGGGAGACCCACGAUGCCAUCCGGCGUGCGUUUGAUGUGUGGCAAGGGGUGACGCCGCUCCGCUUCGAGGCCGUCCCUUACAGUGCCCUGGAGAGCGGCCGGCGGGACGUGGACAUCACCAUCAUCUUCGCCUCAGGUUUCCACGGUGACAGCUCACCCUUCGACGGCGAGGGGGGGUUCCUAGCCCACGCCUACUUCCCAGGCCCUGGGAUUGGAGGGGACACCCACUUCGACUCAGACGAACCCUGGACCUUAGGGAACCCCAACCAUGACGGUAAUGACCUGUUCCUGGUGGCAGUCCAUGAGCUGGGUCAUGCCCUUGGCCUAGAGCACUCCAACGACCCCACAGCCAUCAUGGCUCCCUUCUAUCAGUACAUGGACACAGAGAACUUUAAACUACCUCACGAUGACCUUCAGGGCAUCCAGAAAAUCUAUGGUACUGUGUCUAUCUAUGGUCCGCCAGACAGGUCCUCCCAGCCCACCAGAGCCCUACCCACGGCCCCUCCCCCACGCUUCCACCCCCCCUCGGAACCCCGUAAGCACGACCGCCAGGUCCGGCCCAACCGCCCUCCUCAGGGCGCAAAACCCUCCAACCCCAACGCCAAUCCCAACAUCUGUGACGGAGGCUUCAACACCCUGGCCAUCCUCAGACAGGAGCUGUUCGUAUUCAAGGACCAGUGGUUCUGGAGAGUGAGGGACAACUCGGUGGUCCCUGGCUACCCUAUGGAGAUCAACUUCUUCUGGAGAGGCCUGCCCGCCAAGAUCGACGCCGUCUACGAAAACAGCGAGGGGAAGUUUGUCUUCUUCAAAGGAAACCGGUUCUGGGUGUUCAAGGACACUACUUUGCAGCCCACCUACCCUCAGGACAUCUCUCUGUUUGGGAGUGGGAUGCCCACCCAGAGUAUAGAGACUGCUGUAUGGUGGGAGGACGUAGCCAAGACAUAUUUCUUCAAGGGAGACAGAUAUUGGAGGUACAAUGAAGACAUGAGAAACAUGGACCCUGGUUACCCCAAACCCAUCACAGUGUGGAAGGGCAUCCCUGACUCUCCUCAGGGAGCGUUUGUGGACAAGGCCAAUGGAUUCACCUACUUCUACAAGGGGAAGGAGUACUGGAAGUUCAACAACCAGCGGUUGCGUGUGGAGCCGGGCUACCCCCGCUCCAUCCUGAGGGACUUCAUGGGCUGCGACGGCCUACCAGCUGACCCCGACUGGGACUGGAGCCCUCCGGAGGUGGAGGAGCGCCACUACGACAGCAGCAGUGGUGACGUGGACAUCAUCAUCAAGCUGGACAGCACGGGGGGCACGGAGAAGGCCGUGGCUAUCGCCAUCCCCUGUAUCCUGGCGCUGUGCAUGAUGGUCCUGCUCUACACCGUGUUCCAGUUCAGGAGGAAGAGCACGCAGAGACACAUACUGUACUGCAAGCGCUCCAUGCAGGAGUGGGUCUGAUCUAAACCAGAGAGGGGACUGGAACUGUAGAAGUGUAUGGAACUCCCACUAGGCACUGUAGGGAAGAGUUAUCAAACUCCUAUUGUUCUGUAGUUGUUGAACUAAGCCCUUCUGUGGAUGGACAGUAUAUACAGUACAGUAGAGGAGUCCUCCUAACAUGGUCAAAACAGUGCUUUGCCCUCUUUGUGACAUGCAAGGUGGAGUGAAGCUAGCCCUCUCAUUCAACACUAUGAGGGACUGUGGCUGCCAAUUCCAACUGAGAGGCAUUUGCUUUAACUCUAGACUAUCUUUGUGUACACUCAGUAGUUAUUGGAGAAAGAGGAAAGUUGUGUGGGACCUAUGUCUAUCUCUGUCUCUGCACGCCCCUAACAAGCCCUUACUAACUACAGUACAGUGGACCAUUUAGUAAUAGGCUACUACUUUUUAUUUUCGUGUCCUAGUAAAGUUCAAGUUGCCCAGACUCUGUACUUUUUGAUUGAAUUAUCUUUAAAAGAUUAGUACUUGUGAGGUGGACUGUCUGAUACCCAAACCAAAUAUGACCUUUGACCUAUCUUCAUUUCCCAGAAAGGAUUAUGACUCUGGAUUCUUUGUUGGGAUGUUUAAUUCUAAUCCAUGGAUCUAACAUCAUUGUGACAUUCCAUCACACUCACGUUUUCUUUGACUAUGUCUUUUCAAUAUAUGCCUGUGACCAUCUGUCUGGUCUGGUCUGGUGUGCUCUGGUCUGGUCUGGUGUGCUCUGCUCUGGUGUGCUCUGCUCUGGUGUGCU